UAUUAUUUUAAUAUUCUCCAAUUUUAUUCUAGAUUUGUGUCAUUUGACUUUGUAAUCUGUACCCUAUAGUUUUCUAUGGGCUAUAUAAUAUUGAACCAUAUUCACUUUGCUGGAAAUGACUCCUCUUGAUCAAUAUACACUACUUCUUAUAUACUGUUGGAUUUGAGUUGCUUAUUUCCCAGAUUGAAGCUUUUCUCCAUCAUCAGCUUCCCCUCAAACUUCUCAUUUCUUGUGAUGAUACUUAUAUCUUAGUAAAAUAGAGAAUUUUUCUUUAUUUAGAAUUAUUUCCUAUAUAUCUUAUUUCAUUUCUGAGUUUUUCCAAUUCCUAUUUAUGUUGUUUUAUAUUACUAAAAUUUUAAACCCCUUUGGUAAUGGUAGGUUACAGUUUUGAUCUGUUUAUAUGCAUUACUCCUAGAAUGUUUUUGUUAUUUUUAUAGAUAUCAAUCCACUUCUUUUUCUAAUUUUUCUAAUAAAAAGUUUGUAUGAGAGUCCCACUGAGUACUUUUCUGUUGUUUUAUUUAAUAGGAGUUAAUUUCUCCCAAGCGUCUAGAUUCAGAGUGUUUUUUCCUAAUUUGACAGAGCUCCCUCUUCUGUUGCUUUUAUGAAGUACUCAAAAUCAUGGCAGCUCACUUUCCUAGUUGUGCACUCCCACACUGGCCUGGUGGUCCCUUUCCCCCUCUCUUUUGUUUGUCCUCAGCUCAAAUGUGAUUCUACUUGUAGCAAUUUCUCCUCAGUGUAGGCCCAUAUCCCAAAGGGAGCUAUGGCUGAUUGGCUUUGAAAAUUUCUCCUACCUUCCACUAUGCCAUUGCCUGCAACAAUUUACUGCACUUUUCUCAUGUACUCACACAAUAACCUGCAGAUACGUUUCCACUACGAGCUGCUAUCUUCUGAUUGGCUUUUCAGCUAAUUCCUCUCAGCUGUUUUUGAGUUCUUGAGUUAUCAGAUACUUUGCUUUCCUUUUCUUUAUUCCAGGUCCUCUUAUUUAUUUUUCUCUUUGAUUUAGUAAUUAAUUGAAACUUUAUAAAACAUUUGAAGUACCCACAGUUUGCACUAUCUUUUUCCCUAAUAUAUAUAUAAUAAAAUAGGAGUUUAAAUAAAAAGAAUUUCAAAGAUCCAAGUGACAUAGGAAAACUGAAAGGGAGAACUGAAAGUGGGAAAUUCCUGUGAAAUAGAAAAGACCAUCCCAUAUAAGAGCCCAUACUCAUGGAUAGAGGCCACUCUCGCUGCAGACUGUGGACUUUGGCAGUCUUUGCUCCAGCACACGGGUAGUAAGCGACACUGCUCCUGUUUUCAUCAUGAUCAACAGGUGUAUCCUUCAAAUCGCUCUCCUGUUGUGCUUCUCCACCACAGCUCUAUCCAUGAGCUACAACUCGCUUCAGAUCCAACUAUGGCACGGAAGUCUGACGUGUGCGAAGCUCCUGCUCCAGUUGAAUGGAACGACUGAGGACUGCCUCAAUGAGAGGAUAAACUUCAAAGUCCCCAAGGAGAUUAAGGAACCACAACAGCUCCAGAAAGAAGACACCACCUUGGUUAUCUUUGAAAUGCUCAACAACAUCUUUGACAUUUUCAGAAAAAAUUUCUCUAGCACUGGCUGGAAUGAGACCCUUGUUGAGAACCUUCUUGGUGAAACCCAUUUGCAGAUUCAUCAUCUGAAGAGCAAAAUAAACAAAAAGGUAACCUUGGAGAGCAUCAGAAUGAAUCUACGCCUGAAGAGCUAUUACUGGAGGAUCAUGGAUUAUCUGGAGACCAAGCAGUAUAGCAACUGUGCCUGGAAAAUAGUCCAGUUGGAAAUCUUCAGGAACUUUUCCUUUAUCAUCAUGCUCAUAGAUUACCUCUAAAACGGAUGUUUCUGCCUCUGGAACUCGGCAAUGAUCAGGAAUUUGUCAACCAACAGAGGUACCUGGAGUGACUGCCAGCUCAUAAACUGCAUGUGAAAGGACAAUACAAGACUUUAAAUUUUUUAUUAACUUAAGAAGUAUGUUUAUUCUUUUAUUAAUUUAUGAAGUAUUUUAUUCUUUAUUUAACA